AUGGGCGGGGCCGAGGCCUCCAUAUGUUCAGAGAAGAGUGCAUGGUCAGGAGAUCAGCCCAAGAGCUUGGAGAUUGUUGCAGAUGCCCGCAGUGUUCUUGGAAUGGAGAAGGUGAGCUUGGAUAGCAGGUCUUCCUCAGAAGUCCCCGUGAGGAACUCCAGAUCAUGGAACACCAUCAUCGCCAGCUGCUCCAAAACCCUAGACUUUUCUGAUGUAUGGCGUCUUUACGCUCUCAUGAGGCAGGCUGGUGGGAGGCCGGACAGCUAUAACUUGGUCUUUGCGAUCCAAGCAUGUGCCGAAAUGUCGAGCAUCCAGAGAGCGAAAUCUGUUCACUGCGACGCCCUUCGAUGGGGUCUGGAUGCCCAAGAACACGUCGCGCCCGCCCUCGUCAAGAUGUAUGCCGGAUUAGGGUUCCUCGAGGACGCCCGAGACUUCUGCUGCGGAGUUCUCCCCGGAAGAUCCAUCCUAUGGGGCCUCACCAUGAGAGGCCUGUUGAAGAGCUCAAAGGAUGUGGAGGUGCUCGACCUGUUUUCUCUGAUGAAUCGACUGGGGACUCAGGUGGAUCCCUCGUCUGCAGUUCAUGUGGCGCAGGCCUUGGGCAACCUCGCCGGCGGCGAGGUGGGCGGCUCCUUCCACAGUCUCUGGAUUAGAAACGGCGUCCUGGGCUCGAACACUCGUCUGCUUACUUCCCUCGUCGACAUGUACGGUAAGUCUGGCAUGCUGGCGGAUGCUUGCAAGCUGUUUGAGGAGAUCGACGACAAAGAUAUCGUACUGUGGAGUCUAAUGGUGGCGAGGUUGGCCCAGAACGGGAAAUCUGUCGAGGCUCUUCGGGCUUUCCAGCGGAUGCUGGCCGCCAUGGUGAUGCCGAACGAAGUCACAGUGGCCAGCGCCCUCUUCGCAUGUUCUCAACUGGGGGCCCUUCUUCACGGCGAGAGCCUCCACGGGUUCGCGAUCAGGAACGGGAUCAGACUAGAUUUGGUGAUGUCUACCGCUCUCCUCGACAUGUAUGCCAAAUGCGGGUCUAUUUGGUCGUCCCGCAAAGUGUUCGAUGGAAUGCCCGUGAGGAACGUCUUCUCUUGGAGCGCGAUCAUCGGAGGAUUCGGUCUGCAGGGGUUGUGCUCAGAGGCUCUCGCCCUCUUCGACCAGAUGAAGGAAGAACAGGUUGAGCCCAACGCCGUAACUUUCGUCUCUAUUCUAUCCGCGUGCAGCCACUCCGGGGAGCUCGAGGAGGGCCGCCGGCGCUUUGAAUCGAUGUCCAGAGAUUUUGGGAUCGCCCCAGAGGACGAGCACUACGCGUGCAUGGUUGAUCUCUUGGGCCGCGCUGGUCUGCUCGACGAGGCGGCAUUGCUGAUCCAGGGAAUGCCGGCGGCUCCCGGCGCCGGCGUUUGGGGAGCUCUUCUUGGCGCUUGCAGGAUCCACCGACGGGUCGGAUUGGCGGAGAAGGCGGCGGGGGAGCUCUUCCUGCUGGAGCCCGAUCAGCCGGGCGCCUACGUGCUGCUCUCCAAUGUCUACGCUGCCGCCGGAAUGAGGGAAAUGGUGGAGAAGACGAGGGCUGAGAUGAAGCGGAAGGGCCUGCGGAAGAUGUCGGGGUUCAGCUCAGUGGAGGUGGGCGAGAAGGUUUACUUGUUUCUCGCGAAGAACCCGGCGGCCUCCAUUGACGCCACCGUCGGAGAGCUCUCGCGCCGCCUGAGCUCGCAGAUGAAGGCGAUGGGGUACGUACCGGACGUCUCCUUCGCUCUCCACGACGGUGGCUAG